GUUUUUUCUUAAAGCAAAUUUUAAUAUAUGGCUCGUGCUACCAAUCUUCAAUUCCUUCGUCUCUCUCGUAAUCGUCGUUUAUCACUAUGUCUGGCCGGAAGGGAAAGCUUUACUUGUCAAACGUAGAUGCUAAAGGAAACGGUUUCAUCGAGAGCAAGCCAAGUUUUGUUGACCUUCCAUUAUGCCUCUUGGAAGUAAUAAUAUCUCAACUUGUCUUAAAAGAUAAUAUUCGCGCCUCCGCUGUCUGCAAAACAUGGCGUGAAGCCGGUCUUUAUGUUCGGUUGGUGGAUAAGCCUCCUUGGCUUAUGUACUUACCUAAACGUGGCAACUUGUUCGAACUCUAUGAUCCUUUGCAACAGAAGAUGUACACACUGAAUCUACCGGAGCUAGCCAAAUCCACGGUGUGUUACUCAAGAGACGGAUGGUUACUUAUGCGCAAAACCGUUUCACACCAACUUUUCUUCUUCAAUCCGUUUACUCGUAAACUCAUAAACUUACCAAAGCUUGAGUUAUCAUAUGAUGCAAUCGCUUUCUCCUGUGCACCCACAUCAGGUACUUGUGUUCUGCUAGCGUAUAAGUAUGUUCGGCAUGGUACGUUUACUACGAGCACUUGCCAUCCCGGAGCAACCGAGUGGAUUACUGAGGAUUUACAGUCCAAUCUUCAGUAUGGUGUUUCACUUAAGCACAACCAUGUUGUCUAUGCAAACCGUCGCUUUUAUUGCCUUGACGAUAAAGGAAGGGAUUAUAUUUCUUUGAACCGUCUUCUCGAGAAUGGAUUUUUAGUUAUACUACUUCACCUCCGUGUCCUUACAUGUCAGGUAGAUUUAGCUAUCGGUGAGAAACCAGUUGUUUAUAAGCUUCCACUAGAGUCUUACAAAUGGAAACAGAUCAAUAGCGCUACGCUUGAUGGCUUAACAAUCUUCACGAGUCUUUAUUCUUCCGAGGUGAGAGUUAACCUCCCAUGGAUGAGGAAUAGUGUUUACUUCCCAAGGCUUCGUUUCAAUUGCAAGCGCUGUGUAUCGUAUUCGUUUGAUGAAGAGAGGUACUAUCCGCGUAAGCAGUGGCAAGAACAGGAGGAUUUGUGUCCUCUUGAGAAUCUUUGGAUUAGACCACCGAAGAAUGCUUUAGGCUACAUGUGA